GGGAUGUGGCUUUACCUGGCUCAGGUAUCAGGGUUGGGUCUGUUAUAAAUAAAUGCAGCUGGGAAACGUGCACAGAAACGACGUUACGCUUUUCUUUACAAACAAGAGACACUGGAAUAUCAUGCGGUUCAUCUUCAUCAUCGUCCUGCUGGGCUUCAUCUGUCUCACAUCGGCUCAAGAUGAAGACUGCUGUGAGCUGUUCGUCUAUAGAGCUAGAAUGUCCAUACAGGAAAGAGUGACCAGCUACAGAAUACAGGAGUUUGAGGGACCACACUGUUUCAGUGGUGUUGUCUUCAAAUGGGAUUUUGGAGAGUUUUGCAGUGACCCUAGACUUCAAUGGGUCCAAGAUCUCAUGAAGAGGGUGGAUGGACUGUCAGAAGGGUCGUCUGUGAGGAGGAAUGUGCGCAGUGCAUCCAGGCGAUCUGAGCGGUCGCUUGAGGAGGAACAACAUCCUAAACCUGUCAGACAUUUAAUGCCUCAACAUAUCGGAAAUACCAGGGCUAUCAGGGUUGGACCUAUCAGGCCAAAACCUGUCAAGCCUCAACCUAUCAGGCCAAAACCUAUCAAGCCUCAACCUAUCAGACCAAAACCUGUCAAGCCUCAACCUAUCAGACCAAAACCUGUCAAGCCUCAACCUAUAAGGCCAAAACCUAUCAAGCCUCAACCUAUCAGACCAAAACCUAUCAAGCCUCAACCUAUCAGACCAAAACCUAUCAAGCCUCAACCUAUCAGGCCAAAACCUGUCAAGCCAAUCAAACCCAGUCUUAUCAGGCCUUAAAAGGUUCCUGUUCCUGACUAUUGCUCCUCAGUUUUGUGGCUCUAAAUGUAUUGUGGUUAAUUGUUUUAUAUAAUUUGUGUAUUCAAUUUUCUGUAUAUGCUGGUUAUUAAAAAUGUCUAUAUGAAAUAACAUAUGUUUUUUCUUGGGUUUGUUUUUUUUUUUUUUUUUUUUAGGGAGUACCACAGCUAACAGGGAACAUUCUCAGAACUUUGG